AUGGGACAAAAGGUGCAACGAAAGGAUGGUACGAAAGUGAACCCACAGCGAUGGUGCAAGCAAGGGGAUGAGGGACGGAAGGGAUACUCACCGAGCAAACAGCAGCCCCCGGCCAGUGGUGCGGCUGGCGGUGGGAGACAUGGGGCCAUGGUGAGAGGCAGCGGCGAUUCAGUUUGGAGUGAACCCGCAGCAGUUGGGGAUGGGGAUGGGGGAUGCGGGGGACACUCACCGAGCAAACAGCAGCCCCCGGCCAGUGGUGCGGCUGGCGGUGGGAGACAUGGGGCCAUGGUGAGAGGCAGCGGCGAUUCAGUUUGGAGUGAACCCGCAGCAGUUGGGGAUGGGGAUGGGGGAUGCGGGGGACACUCACCGAGCAAACAGCAGCCCCCGGCCAGUGGUGCGGCUGGCGGUGGGAGGCAUGGGGCCAUGGUGAGAGGCAGCGGCGAUUCAGUUUGGAGUGAACCCGCAGCAGUUGGGGAUGGGGAUGGGGGAUGCGGGGGACACUCACCGAGCAAACAGCAGCCCCCGGCCAGUGGUGCGGCUGGCGGUGGGAGACAUGGGGCCAUGGUGAGAGGCAGCGGCGAUUCAGUUUGGAGUGAACCCGCAGCAGUUGGGGAUGGGGAUGGGGGAUGCGGGGGACACUCACCGAGCAAACAGCAGCCCCCGGCCAGUGGUGCGGCUGGCGGUGGGAGACAUGGGGCCAUGGUGAGAGGCAGCGGCGAUUCAGUUUGGAGUGAACCCGCAGCAGUUGGGGAUGGGGAUGGGGGAUGCGGGGGACACUCACCGAGCAAACAGCAGCCCCCGGCCAGUGGUGCGGCUGGCGGUGGGAGGCAUGGGGCCAUGGUGAGAGGCAGCGGCGAUUCAGUUUGGAGUGAACCCGCAGCAGUUGGGGAUGGGGAUGGGGGAUGCGGGGGACACUCACCGAGCAAACAGCAGCCCCCGGCCAGUGGUGCGGCUGGCGGUGGGAGACAUGGGGCCAUGGUGAGAGGCAGCGGCGAUUCAGUUUGGAGUGAACCCGCAGCAGUUGGGGAUGGGGAUGGGGGAUGCGGGGGACACUCACCGAGCAAACAGCAGCCCCCGGCCAGUGGUGCGGCUGGCGGUGGGAGGCAUGGGGCCAUGGUGAGAGGCAGCGGCGAUUCAGUUUGGAGUGAACCCGCAGCAGUUGGGGAUGGGGAUGGGGGAUGCGGGGGACACUCACCGAGCAAACAGCAGCCCCCGGCCAGUGGUGCGGCUGGCGGUGGGAGGCAUGGGGCCAUGGUGAGAAGCAGAGGCGAUUCAGUUUGGAGUGAACCCACAUCAGUUGUGCAAGGGGAUGGGGAAUGUGAGGGACACGCACCGAGCAAACAGCAGCCCCCGGCCAGUGGUGGGGCUGGCAGUGGGAGGUAUGGGGCGGUCGUGGAAUGUCUUGAAGCGACGGAGCAGAACCUCUUUCACUAG